CUGCACACAGUCUCAUAUCUCUGGAUCCCUGGAGUUCUAAUUCUUUUACAUCUACUGAAGAAAUCACUUUUUUUAUUAUUUAAGAAAUGUCAGAACAACCUCAGGUGGAAUUAUUUGUGAAGGCUGCAAAUGAUGGACAGAGCAUCGGAAACUGCCCCUUUUCUCAGCGCCUCUUCAUGGUCCUCUGGCUGAAAGGAGUCACAUUUAAUGUCACCACAGUUGAUAUGAAAAAAAAACCAGAUAUAUUGAAGGAUUUGGCACCUGGGGCACAGCCCCCAUUCUUGCUGUUUGCUGGUGAAGUCAGAACAGAUACCAAUAAGAUAGAAGAAUUUCUUGAGGAGACUUUGUGCCCACCCAAAUACCCAAAACUGGCAUGUCGAAACCCAGAAUCAAACAACGCUGGAGUCAACGUUUUUGCUAAAUUUUCUGCCUACAUCAAGAAUCCCAAUCCAGCACUUAACCAAAAUCUGGUAAAUGGACUUUUGAAAGCAUUGAAUGUACUUGAUAGAUACCUAAAUACUCCCCUACCAGAUGAAAUUGAUGAGAACUGUGCAGAAGAUGAGACUGUCUCUAACCGCAAGUUCCUAGAUGGUAAUGAGCUGACACUGGCUGACUGCAACCUUCUCCCUAAGCUCAACAUAGUGCAGGUGGUAUGUGAACAUUUUCGGGGUUUCAAGAUUCCAGCAGAAUUUACUGGAAUCCAUCGCUAUCUCCAGAAUGCUUAUAAACGAGAAGAAUUUGCCAGCACUUGCCCCGAUGCUGCUGAAAUUUCACGUGCAUAUGCUGAGGUGGCUAAACCACUAAAAUAACUUGCACGACAGAGAUAAUAGAGAUCUUGUAUUUAAUACUAUUGUAAAAAAAACCUUGCUUCAGGCAGACCACCAUACUAGGACAACUUGCUGCCAGCCCUCUUACUUUCUACUCUAUGUGGGGCAUGCUAUUAAAUUGCCAAGGGUCUGUGACAGACAGCAGUCAUUUUGAUGGCAACAUCUAACUCAGAGUUUUUGUUUUUUUUACUUGCUGAGGUUGUUGUCAUUUAAUCUACUGACACAUCAUUCACCUGCAAUUAGAAAAUCAAUGCUAACUAUAUUUAAAUUAUAGAUCACAUUUGUAUUCCCCUGAAUUGAUUAGCAGAAUAUCACCUACACACAUUUCUCUUGCUUAACUUAGACUGCAGAUUUUUUUUUGCAUUCAGUAGUGUGGGGCAAGGAUUAAAAUACCACAUUUUUUUUUCACUGUGUACUCAGAAUAAAUUCUAUAUAUUUAAUAUGCUGAGUAUUACAUGCUAAAUAUUCAUGUUUAUAUUAAAAGGAAAUUUUCUCCAAAA